AUGCUUCAUCAUUUGAUGGUGGGAACUUGGACUUCUCCUGGUGCAAUCUUUACCAUUGAGUUUGAUGAUGAAGCAUUAACCUUAAAACUGCUCAAGAAGACAUCAAUUCCAGAAGAUGAGCCAAUUUCUUGGAUGACGUUUGAUCAUGCGAAGAAAAACAUAUAUGGAGCUUCAAUGAAGAAAUGGUCAAGUCAUUCUGUUACAAGUCCCGCAGAGAUUCAACAUACCAAUUCGCAUCCUAUGUCCCAUGACCCCUCUGCAGCGAAAUCCGAUACGAGAACAAGAGCAAUUUUCUGCUUAGCAGCAAAGAAGGCACCCUAUAAUGUUUACGGCAAUCCAUUCUACGAGUAUGCUGGACACGGAAAUGUUUUCUCCGUCGAUGAGAAUGGCGCAUUAAAGGAAAACAUUCAAAACUAUGAAUACAGUUCCGAAUCCGCAAUACACGGCAUGGUGUUUGACACAGAAGAGAAUUAUCUUUAUUCUGCAGAUAUGUGGGGCAACAAAGUAUGGACGCAUAAAAAAGAUAGCCAAACAGGUUUACUUGAGUUGGUGGGAAGUGUAAAUGCACCGAAAAAGGGAGAUAAUCCUAGAUGGGUUGAAAUACAUCCAAAUGGAAAAUAUCUUUAUGCUGUGAAUGAAGGAGGAAACAAUUUGGCAGUCUAUGUCAUUGAUGAAGAAACCCAUCUGCCAGUAUUUACAAAUAUAACAUACCCUCUAGUCCCUCCAGGGGUUCCAAAUUUGAAGUUAUAUCGAUCAGAUGUUGUUUUCACUUCGCAUAGUGGUAAAUAUCUCUUUGCAACAUCACGCUCGAAUGAUUUCAAAGUUACCGGCUACAUAGCAGCUUUCAAACUCGGAUCAGCUGGAAAUAUCGAAAGACAGAUAUGUCUGAAUCCAACACCGACAAGUGGAAGUCAUUCAAACGCAGUAAGUCCUUGCCCUUGGAGUGACGAAUGGCUGGCUUUGACGGAUGAUCAAGAUGGCGGAUUGGAAAUUUAUAGAUGGCAUAAGGAGUUUCUGCAUAGGGUUGCGAGAAUUGAUAUCCCUGAACCUGGUUUUGAUUUAGCAAGGCAUGAAUCCAACCCCUCGUCUAGAAAAAAGCCGAAGGAGCUUUCCGAGCCAAACACUACAUGUGCCGGAUUCCUAACCGCUGUUAAACUGCCGGCAACUCUUCAACAAUAUGGGGUCAAUAUUUUUGAAUGA